ACUCACAGUCACACACUCACUCUCACUCACUCACACACACACACACACACACACACUUACCCACACACUCUCACUCGCUCACUCACAGUCACACACUCACUCUCACUCACACACACACACACACACACGGCACGGGUGGGAAUUUAAGGACCGCAGAAGUGACGGAUCUCGGCGUGUUCCUCAGGACUGUAACACACCGCAGUGUGUCUGUCAGUCAUGGCAUCUUUAAGAGGACAUCUGCUUUUGUUCAUGCUGCUAGCGGUGACGGCGUCGGAAGAUUAUGUGACUCUUCAAAGGGAAAUUGGUUUGCCCACUGAACUCUUGGACAUGCUGAAACAGCUACCGGUGGGCCCUGAGGUUACUGUGGGACAGAAAGGUCCUUGUAUAAAGCCCUGCUCCAUGGAUCUAUCCAUUCCUUUCCCUCUUGCACGUCCAACCAUAGAAAAUAUCCUUGCCAUCUGUCGGUAUAGUAAUCUUCGUCCUCGGUAUACUGAAGACAUGCUACCAAAAAGUGGCUUUGGUCACCUCUACCGUCAGGCCAGUGCUGUCAAUCAGUUGGAGUCCUGGUUCACUAUGUGCUGCAGUAAUGACACUCAAGAUGAAGGACUGACUCUGUGUUGUGCACAGCAGGCGUGGGAUAAGUCACUCUCCAACUUCUGCGAAGAGGAAUUCAGCAUUAAGACUAGUCACUAUCACUGCUGCAGAAAGAAUGGGCCAGCAAAAUGGGACUGCUUUGAGAAGGAGGCUCCAGACCCAUUAUACCAACCCCCUGGCCAUCAGGAGCCAAACACAAUCCAAGGUUUUGCCUUUAACUCCAGUAGCUGCCAGAAAACAAGUGUUUCAGAGAUAAUGCCCAGACCAGAGAUGGUGACUGAACCCUCAACUCUCAGAUGGGCAGAGCAGAGAAUCGUGAUCCCUCCAAUUCCGGUGUCUUCAGGAGAGGAAGAAGUGCUAUGGAUUGCGAGUGAUUAUGUGUCCAGUCCUCAGUCUAUGAGGCAAUCCAUUUCUUUCCCUCUCGCCCGUCCAACCACCGCCAACAUCCUUGCCAUCUGUCAAUAUAGUAACCAGCGUCCCCGGUAUCUCAAGGAGAGGCUGCCCAGAAGUGGCUUUGGCUACCUGCAUCGUCAAGCCAGUGCUGUCAAUCAGCUGGAGUCCUGGUACACUGUGUGCUGCGCUAAUGGCCCCCACGAUGAUGUGCUGACUCUGUGCUGUGCACAGCAGGCGUGGGAGAAGUCGCUCUCUGCUUUCUGUGAAGAGGAAUUCACCAUUAAAACCAACCACUAUCACUGCUGCAAAGAGGAUGGGCCAGCAAAAUGGGACUGCUUUGAGAAAGAGGCUUCAGAUACAUCGUACCGGCCCUAUGGCCAUGAGAAGCUGCUCAAGUCCUCCCUCGGAUUGCAGGUCUUUGAUUUUGACCACAAUCGCUGCCAGAAAACAAGCAUUUCAGGUGUUGAUUCCAUAGCUAUGACCGAGAGAAUGGUUGAAACACUACACAUCAACUUUCCCCCUGGUCGCCCGAAUUCUCACAACAUUGCACCAAUUUGUGGUUUUCACAAGAAUCGCCCCCGCUACGUCACCAGCUGUUUGCCUCGUACAGGAUUUGAGUGGUUUGCCCAUCAGUUAAAGGCAAUCAACGGCCUAGAAAGAAGCUUUGGUCAAUGCUGUAAGAAGAGCAAAGAUCUACAAGCUUGCGCUGAGAGAAAGUGGAAGGAGAUGGUGGAUAAGUUUUGUAAGGCUGAGGAGAAGAUCCAAGUAAACCAGUUUGAAUGCUGUAAAAAGCAGAGAGGAGAAGAGCAGUAUGACUGUUUUAGUACUGCUGCCCCAAAUCCGGAUUACAUGGUCUUGAAUGAAUACAGUUUGGAUAUACCACCCAGUCUUGACAUGUUUUGUGUUGCAUACCCACAUCUUCAGAAAAUGAAACAUUUGCCUUUCACUGUUGAUGAAAUGGCUGAACAGUGCUGCAUCCUAGGUCGAGAUAAGAUGUCUACAUGUUUACAGAUACAGCUGAACAAUCUUUUGGAUGAUGCAUGUAAUGCAGGCAACCCAUCAUUAGCACAAGUAAAGCGAAAGUGUUGUAAGAAGAAUGCCAAGGGACACUCCAAAUGCCUCACCAAGCUGCUCUUGGAUAACAUCGCUAAAGCAACAAGGGUUAAACUGAAUCCCAGGAAAUGCCCAAUCUUGUAAUAAAGUUGAUAAUUAUGUUGAUUCAUUAAUUCAGUAUGUUGAGCCAGUGCUCUUAGUAUGAAUUGAAUGCGUUUUUUUUUCCUUUUUUUUUGUUUUUUUUGUUUUUUGUGGUUAACCUUUGGAGUUGAAUAACACUGUUUUUAUAUCAAUACCACAUACUUUAAUGAACCUGUUUUUGGUAGGUGUCUUAUUCACCUUGUUCUUAUACAUUGUCAGAGCUGCAUGGACGGCUCACAUUUACUUUAACUACUCACAGAACAUAAAUUACAGAUACAAAUUAAAUAAAAAAAUAUGUAAAGGAA